UGGCGCGUGUGAAUACUGAUGUCAUCUUGGCAGUGCUAGAGACGUCAUGAGCGUCUUACUGCCCAACAUGGCGGACUUUGAUACCAUUUAUGAGUUAGACGAAGAAGAUGAACGGAUAGUGAGUGAAGAACGCCUCGCCAGAUACUGCCCUGAACCCGUCAUUAUGCGAGGAGCUGGACACAUCACCGUGUUUGGCCUGAGCAAUAAGUUUGAUACAGAAUUUCCUUCAGUUCUUACAGGAAAGGUGGCUCCAGAGGAGUUCAAGAGCAGCAUCAGCCGGGUGAACGCCUGUCUGAAGAAGAACCUGCCUGUCAAUGUGAAGUGGCUCCUGUGCGGAUGCCUGUGCUGCUGCUGUACGGUGGGCUGCAGCCUGUGGCCUGUCAUCUGCCUCAACAAGAGAACAAGAAGAUCCAUCCAGAAAUUGUUAGAAUGGGAAAACAAUCGAAUGUAUCACAAGCUAGGGCUGCACUGGAAACUCAGCAGGAGGAAAUGUGAGAGCAGCAACAUGAUGGAAUAUGUGAUUCUUAUAGAAUUCUUACCCAAAUAUCCAAUUUUCCGGCCCGACUGAGGAGCCUGCUGGGAGAUUCUGGUGUGUGUGAUCCCUCUCUCCCAUCCUUAGUGCCUUGUAUAUAUGUUGGAGCGAGGGUCAUCACUCAUCACUCAUCAGCUCCCCUCCACACCACACCCAACCCCCCAUCUCCUUGUACAGUAGAAGUUGCAACACUGUCACUUUGUUUUAGAGCAGAUUUUGCACAUUUACCUGAUGUAGUAGAAACGCUCCUUUUGUUGCACUGAAAAACAUUUUGGUUUUGUUACAUAUGACAAUUGUGAUCUCAAGACAAAAAAGACAACCGAGAACUGAAACUGUUUAAAAGUGCAUUUACCCCAAAGAGCCAUCCAGUCCUCCACAUGGUGUAUCAAGAUAUCUGUGCAAGAACAGCUCACCUCUUGGUGCGUAUUUGCCUUAUGUUUAAUGACAACCCUUUUUUUCUAAAGAGAUGCGUGUUACAGGAGGAUUUGUUGUGUAGAACUUGUUUUGCCGUCUAACAGGCUCGGCUCUGCUGUGAGCUUUGAGGCAUUGUCUCCUCCUGAAAGCAGUUGUUCUUCCCCUACAAUGGAAUGCAAUGGUAUGGAUGCUUGGCCUCGGCAGCACCAGGGUUGUCCUGCACUUUUGGAGAUUCUCCUCAGGCUGCCUGUAGGGGGAAUGUCACGAGACUGACUUGUACAUACAUUAGGAUACAUUGAGCUGUACAGUGUGGUAUGCCAUGUUUACAUAAUGUUAAGCAGUUCAUUUGUCUUUUUGGUUCUGUUUUGCCAAUAUAUAUAACUGUACUAUAGAUUUGUUAAUGAACAAGUGUCUCCAUGACGUCUCCAAGUGAUAUUGACCCGUGUACCUUAGAAAGCCAUAACUUUUGAUGUACAUAUUGCCAGAGUUCAGGGCUGAACAUUGCACUUGAGCGAUGGAGGAGAUGAGGGUGCCUGUCCGCGCUCUGGCUGACUCCCAGAGAGAGAGUGGGCCUUUUACACUGAUAAUACCCACUGGCUGUGGAAGCAUGAUCAUGCCAACUAAGGACUCCAUCUCGCACCAAACUGACGUGUCAUCUAUUUCAACUCGAGUCAUCAUGUGAUGUUUCCUUUUUUUAUUUUUUAAAACCUGCACUUUGUCGUCCCCUCUCCUCUCCUGCCAUAGUCGUCUUGGGGUUUAGCAUCCUCAUUGUAGGCGUCCUUAUGUUCAUAUGCUAGCUGUGCUCCCCGUGGACACACUCUCUGAACUGGGUGUCAUUCUGCACAGGUAAUCUCCUUCCCUUUCCAUGUAGUCGGCCCGCUGCAGUAGAGUGCCUCUUGGACGUGUCGAUGAACCUUGGCCAAGAGAAUGGUUUAAUAUGUCAUUAAUAUAUCGGUCUAACAGGGAGUCAGAAACCUCCUCUCUCGCCGUAUUGGUCCUGUCACAGAGCUCUUGUAAAUGUUUGUCAUUACCCAAUCCUAUGGAAAAGGCUUCAAUAAAUGGUCAAUUUUUACUUUUCUUUUCCCAAAA